AUGGAAGACGGCUUUUCCAGCUACAGCAGCUUGUAUGACACCUCGUCGCUGCUGCAGUUCUGCAAUGAUGACAGCGCAUCCGCCUCCAGCAGCAUGGAGGUCACCGACCGCAUCGCGUCCCUGGAGCAGAGGGUCCAAAUGCAGGAGGAUGAAAUCCAGCUGCUCAAAUCCGCUCUGGCCGAUGUCGUCCGCCGGCUUAACGUGUCUGAGGAGCAGCAGGCUAUGAGCUCACGUCGAGGGCCCACCAAAGCCCGACCAAUGAUCGCCACCCUACCAAUAAGACCCUCAGUUAACAACGGGACUAUCCUACCAAAGAAAGCCGGCGGUACUUUGCCCUCGCCUUCUGGAUCCGGGUCAAGGAAGGACACCAGCGCAGCAUCAACCAGGAGCACGGUGAGGAGAGCCAACUCCAACGAGCAUGUAGGGUCUCUCACGCGGAAAGAUUCUGGUGACUCCAAGGGCAACCGAACUCGCGCUGGGUCCACAGGCAGCAAUUCCAGCGGCAAAAGAAGUGACAGCAAGCAGCGGGACCCAGUCUUCAAUGCGGAGGAAGGUUAUGUGAAAAUGUAUUUGAAGGGUCGUCCCAUCACCAUGUUCAUGCCCAAAGACCAAGUGGAUGGCUACUGUCUGGAGGCAAGAGCUGAACUUCCAGCCAACAAGCUCAAACUGGACUGGGUGUACGGUUACCGCGGUCGAGAUUGCCGCUCCAAUCUUUAUUUGCUGCCCACUGGGGAAACGGUGUACUUCAUUGCCUCAGUUGUUGUCCUGUUCAACGUAGAUGAGCAGCUACAGAGACAUUACACUGGACACACGGACGACAUUAAAUGCUUGGCGGUCCACCCUGAUAAAAUCACUAUAGCAACCGGGCAGGUUGCUGGCACCUCUUUAGAGGGUAAAUUGGCUCCACAUAUUCGCGUUUGGGACUCUGUGAGCCUGAACACCCUCCACGUUCUGGGAGCCGCCUACUUUGAGCGAGCUCUCGUCUGCUUGGCUUUCUCUAAGUCGAAUGGAGGAAACACACUAUGCGUUGUUGACGACUCUAAUGACCACGUGCUGUCUGUUUGGGACUGGCAGCGAGAAGACAGAUUGGCUGAGGUCAAGACGUCCAACGACACCGUUUUUGCUGCAGACUUUCACCCGACUGACAGCAACAUUUUGGUGACAUGUGGCAAGUCGCAUCUCCAUUUUUGGAGCUUGGAAAAAGGCAUUCUUGUCAAGAAGCAGGGACUUUUUGAGAAACAGGAAAAGCCCAAGUUUGUGUUAUGUGUGACCUUCGCGGAAAAUGGAGAUACAAUCACUGGGGACUCCAGUGGCAACAUCUUGGUGUGGGGAAAAGGCACUAAUCGCAUCAGCCACGUCAUCCACGGCGCUCACGAGGGCAGCAUCUUUACUCUGUGCAUGUUGAGGAACGGCACGCUGGUGUCUGGAGGAAAAGACUGCCGCCUCAUCUCUUGGGACAGUAGCUACCAGCAGAUACAAACAGUUGAGGUGCCGGAUGUGUUUGGCCCAAUCCGGACUGUAGCAGAGGGUAGAGGGGAGAGUGUUCUCAUCGGAACUACAAAGAAUUUUGUUUUGCAAGGAAGUUUGGAUGGAGAAUUUCUGCCCAUUACACAGGGUCACACUGAUGAGCUGUGGGGAUUGGCCGCGCAUCCCUGCAAACCCCACUUCCUCACCUGUGGCUAUGACAGGCAAGUCUGCCUAUGGGACUCCAGUUCGCGUCAGCUUAUCUGGAGUAAAAACAUGGAAGACACCGCCCAAUCAGCAGACUUCCACCCAUCUGGUGCUGUUGUUGCCAUUGGAACCCAAAUUGGCAGGUGGCUGGUACUGGACACUGACACCAAGGAUUUAGUCACAGUGCACACAGAUGGGAAUGAGCAGCUUUCUGUGAUGAGCUUUGGCCCAGAUGGCAACUUCCUGGCCAUCGGCUCUCAUGACAGCUACAUCUACAUUUAUGCCGUGGCAGAAAAUGGCAGAAAGUACAGCAGAGUGGGGAAGUGCUCAGGUCACUCUAGUUUCAUCACCCACCUUGACUGGUCAGUGGACUCCCAAUAUCUGGUGUCUAACUCAGGAGACUAUGAAAUACUCUACUGGAUCCCCUCCGUGUGCAAACAGGUGGUCAGCAUGGAGACCAUACGAGAUAUUGAAUGGGCCACACACACCUGCACGCUAGGCUUUCAGGUUUUCGGCAUGUGGUCUGACGGUUCAGACGGCACCGACAUCAAUGCUGGCAGCAGGUCCAACGAUAAGAGUCUCCUCGCUACUGGAGAUGACUUUGGGAAGGUCCACCUCUUCUCCUUCCCCUGUUCUCAGUUCAGGGCUCCCAGCCAUGUAUACAGUGCCCACAGCAGCCACGUAACCAACGUUACCUUCCUACAUAACGACAGCUGUCUGGUGUCGACUGGGGGGAAAGACAUGAGUGUGAUGCAGUGGAGGAUAGUCUGA